UUGUACACAGAUUAAUCCUGGUAAUAUCUAAUACACACAUUAGGGAAGUAGUACUGUGUCAUUUGGUACAGAAUGAUUCUAAUAGCUGGUUUUUCAAAGAGGGAAGUGGUACUGUGCCAUUAAACACACAUGAAGGAUAUAGAUAUAGACAGAUAAGGGGCUAGGGCAUGGAUAAGGGAAGUAGUACUGUGCCAUUAAACACACAUGAAGGAUAUAGAUAUAGACAGAUAAGGGACUAGGGCAUGGAUAAGGGAAGUAGUACUGUGCCAUUAAACACACAUGAAGGCUAUAGAUACAGACAAAUAAGGGACUAGGGCAUGGAUGAGGGAAGUAGUACUGUGCCUUUAAACACACAUGAAGGAUAUAGACAGAUAAGGGACUAGGGCAUGGAUAAGGGAAGUAGUACUGUGCCAUUAAACACACAUGAAGGAUAUAGAUAUAGACAGAUAAGGGACUAGGGCAUGGAUAAGGGAAGUAGUACUGUGCCAUUAAACACACAUGAAGGAUAUAGAUAUAGACAGAUAAGGGACUAGGGCAUGGAUAAGGGAAGUAGUACUGUGCCUUUAAACACACAUGAAGGAUAUAGAUAUAGACAGAUAAGGGACUAGGGCAUGGAUAAGGGAAGUAGUACUGUGCCAUUAAACACACAUGAAGGAUAUAGAUAUAGACAGAUAAGGGACUAGGGCAUGGAUAAGGGAAGUAGUACUGUGCCUUGCAGCAUUCAGUACAUGGCUCUGUGCCAGUCAUUAUAGCUCAGUGUUUUCCAGUGUGUCUCCAGCUGUUGGAAAACUACAACUCCCAGCAUGCCCGGACAGCCGAAGGCUGUCCAGGCAUGCUGGGAGUUGUAGUUUUCUAACAGCUGGAGACACACUGCCUGGAAUACACUGCUAUAGACAAAGGGAAAGGCGUGUUCAGGAGAGAAAACCCUGGCAAACCGAGAAGUAGAGUUACUACCUGGCAGAGACGUGAGACACUGAGGAUCCUCCAAGUAUCACGGCUCCAACCACGGCUGAGUAAGAUGCCCAAACUGCAUGGUGAAACCCAUCAAGUGAUAGCUGCUUCCUCCAUCCGUCAUCUCCAGAUCCAACGUUCUACUUGAGCGCCUUCUUUCGAAUUAAACCCGACCUUACCACUAAGAAUUCUACAAAUUCUUGAGAAGUCAGCUCGACAUGGAAUCCCCUCUUUGCAAUUACGCCGAGAUAGGCGAAGGGCAGCAUUCCAGGGGCAGAGACUCCGACAACCAAAUGGGGCCGGGAAACGGUCGCCGCAAGCGAGAGUUCAUCUCAGACGAGAAGAAAGAUGCCAGUUAUUGGGAGAAGAGAAGGAAAAACAACGAGGCUGCCAAGAGGUCCCGUGAAAAGAGACGCUUCCACGACUUGGUCCUGGAGGGCAGGGUGGCGGCGCUCGACGAGGAAAACGGGCGACUGAGGAGCGAACUCCUGCAGCUGAAGCUCCGAUUUGGACUCAUAAAAGCCGCCUCCUUUCUGGAAGCAGGACAUGGGCUGGGAGGGUGCAAAAGUGGAGAUGCUGGGCCUCUUCUGUGCACUGGAAGCAAUUCGACCUACAGUUCUUCCUACUUGGGAAUGAAUUCAGACUCCUCAGAGGCAGACAGCGGAGGCGGAGCAGUGAAUGACAGCUAUUCCCCCCGCGGGUCGCUAUCGGACCUCUCGGACCAGUCCUCUAGAGGCAGCCCUGUACCAGCCUCUUAUGGUGAUGAGAGGACAAUGGAAAAUGACUUUGCCAACAUGUGCCCAGCUGAAAACAACCCAUCCUCGAGGUUAGCAGUGCCACGCGGGGGUGUGAUUCUCUACGGAGUGGGUGGGCUUACGGUGGACCCUCAAACCAGACACCUUGCAAGUCCAGAGCUUGCAGACCUGGGCCCACUGAAGCACUUUGUCAGCGACAGUAACCCCGCGCCACUACGCUCCUCCAUCUUUGUUCAUGCAGACAGUUUACAGACUCAAUACCAGCAGCUGAUGAAGACAACAGCUGAGGACAAUGUUAGGCGGGAACUCAGGUCACCCAAAUCUCCCCAUUCAGGAUACCACAGUGAGGACAGUUAUAGUGAAGAAGGGGCAUAUCACUGCAGCCCCUUGGAAAGCCCAACCUUCCGGGAUCUGUCGGCUAGCGUGAAAUUACCGCAUAAACUGCGACUAAAAAGUCGAUCACAUGGACAGGAGGGAUGGAGGUUGGACAUGGGGCACAGGGAGGAGAACUGAUGGCGCCCCAUUAUUAUUUAUUGACUGAAGCCAAAUACAUGGCACCACAGUUUGUAUGAACGUUUACCCAUAGACGCCAUACCUGGGACUACUGCACCUGUACGAGCGGAGAGCAAUGUUGUAAAUAUGUAAUAUGAGUAGUUCAAUAAAAUACUAA